AUGACGGACUUGGUACCAAAUUUAUCCUUAAGACGAAAUUCUACAGAAAAAACAUACCAAGUAAUAUUAAAUCGUGCAGACCCUUACCAAAAAACCACGAUAAGGCAUUUGAAAUUCUCUAAUAAUGGUCCCAUUCGUGCUGUUAUUGAUGGCACGGAUUUUAAAGUCAUCGCCACUGGGGAAGGCAAUUUAAAUUUAGCACAAUUCCCAAACUUAGCAAAGAUUACUUUCCAGGAUGGAAUCAAUGUCGAUAACCUGGACAGUAUUGACAUUAGCGGAAACGAAAAGUUAGGCAGAAUGAUUAUAGGGUCUAGCGGUAAAAAAAAUCCUUUUAGGAGCUCCCGUUGUGUCUUGCUUGUCAAAGAAAACCAAGUCGAUCAAAUAAUUGUCAGCUACUAUGAACAAAAGAAUAGCAUAGAAAAAAAGUUGAGAAAGCAAGAUGCAAUACCCUACCGCAUAGUUGAAAGUCAGCAAUCGGGGGGUGAAAUGGAAAGACUAAGACAAAUUAUUGCUGAAAAAGAUAAACAAAUUGAAAGGUUACAAACAGAAGGUGCACAGAGACUAAGUCUCUCACAGUUUCAGGAAUUAACUGAUUUAGUACUGCCAGGCAGUGAGUUUGAUCACGCCAAGUUCAAACAGGAGAUCAUAAGGCUUAAAUUAGAAGAUCUCGUUCCCUAUCUUCAAGGGCAAAAAGAAAGGUUUGAUGGUUUAGUCAUAGAUCUUAAGAGAAGAGUGGGCGAUAGUUUGAAACCAAUCGUGGACCUUCUCAUGAAAACCCGAAAAGAUAUAUUCGAGCAAACCAAUAUAAAUAAUAAUGAAUUUGCCCAAGGAAAACUGCAAGGAGAAUUAGCCAUUUGUCAGACUCUCUUGCAAACCAGCCUUGCGCAAGAGGAACUGCAGUCUCUUCUAACUGCGCAAGACGAAAUGUUGAAAAUAGAAAUGCAAAUAGCUAACUUGCAGCGUAAUCAGAGACCCAGUGCUUGA